AUGGCGGAAGUUAAAUGUACCUAUUUAGUUGUGGGUGGAGGAAUUGCGGGAGUAUCGUGCGCAGAAACUUUAGUCAUUCUAGCUGAUCCAAGUGAUAGCAUAAUUCUAGUAACAGAGUCUUCGUUAGUCAAGGCUGCUACCAACCUAGUUCCACUGGGGAAGGUCUUGACCCGUUUCGACGUGCAGGAGAAGCAGGCGAGUACAUUAAAUGGAAAUAUUCAAGUGCUGGAAGAUCAGUUGAAUAGUAUAGAAAGUGACAGCCAUUCGGUUACUACGGUCAAAGGCAACAAAAUCGCCUAUCGUUAUUUGUGCCUUUGUACCGGAGCACGCCCCAAGUUAAUUGACCAAGCCAAGGGUAAUCCACACGUGAUCGGAAUUCGGGAUACGGAAUCAGUCCAACAGUUCCAAAAGCGUGUUAAGAACGCCACCCGUUUGGCAGUGGUAGGUAACGGAGGUAUAGCAUCGGAGCUCGUUUACGAAAUCAGUGGUAUCGAGGUACACUGGAUCAUCAAAGACGAAUACAUUACCUCAACCUUUGUCGAUUCUGCAGCUGCUGGGUUCUUUCAAAGUCGCUUAACUGCGAAGAGCGAGCAAAAAUCAAUCAUCAAAAGGAUGAGGUAUAUGGAAGAAACGGCGGUCUCCGGUAGUGCGAAACAGGGAGCAGCCUUAGGUCCCGAUUGGCACCGAACAGUUGACAUUACCGGAAAAUUAGAAAACGUUCCAGAUGCAGUAAAGAUACAUUAUAAAGUUGAGAUUGAUGAGAUAGUUGAACAAAAUGACGGAUUCCCUUUGAAGCUGCAACUUUCUAACGGUGAGUGCAUUGAGUGCGACUUUGUUGUAUCAGCUACGGGUGUGGUUCCGACGAGAAACUUUGCCUGUGAUCGUGAUUUCCAGUUGGGCCCUGAUGGGGGACUUUUCGUCGACUGGGAAAUGGCCACCUCCGUAAAUGACAUUUAUGCAGCAGGGGACGUUUGCUAUGCUGGCUGGGAACGUGCUCAACACUGGUUCCAGAUGCGUUUGUGGACUCAAGCCCGUCAGAUGGGGGCCAUGGCUGCUCGGUCUAUGGCUGCGAAACGAGCUGGCGAUACGAUCUAUCAGGAUUUCUGUUUCGAAAUGUUCAACCAUGUUACCCAGCUUUUUGGAUACCAGGUGGUUUUGUUAGGACGAUACAACGGUCAAGGUCUGAACGAUAAGUAUGAAGUGCUUCUGAGGAUGACACCGGGAUUGGAAUACAUCAAGUUUGUCCUGGUGGAUGGGCGACUGCAGGGAGCGAUGUUGAUUGGAGAGACGGGACUAGAAGAGACAAGCGAAAACCUUAUUUUGAACCAGCUAGAUUUGACACCCUACGGGGACGACUUGCUAGAUCCGAAUAUCGAUAUUGAGGAUUAUUUUGAUUAACAUCGAUAAUAGGUGCAUUAUGUGACGACUAUUUCCUUGAGCAAAUAAAUUACUGUUUACUAUCAUAUUCACAAAAAAA